UCCUGCGGACUCGAUAAAAGCGCGCCGCGACAGCUACCGGCCAGUCACCGUUGCGAGGCACCGGGAGCCGUAACCUUGCUUGGGAACCGCGUCGCGUUGCAGAUUUGUGCGCAUCACGUACGCCUUGUCAGGAGCUACAGUUACUGUCUGACAUCAAUCGACAAGAUGGCUUGCCCGCUGAGAGACCCGGCGUCGGAGCAGCUCAACGAUUACAAAAGGAAACUCAAGGGUGAAGGGCCGGUAUUAUUAACUGCAAAUGGAGCGCCCGUCGCCGAGAAGAAGGCCAGCCUUACGGUUGGUCCUCGCGGGCCCAUGUUGCUCCAGGACUUCGUUUACCUGGACGAAAUGUCGCACUUCGCCAGGGAAAGGAUUCCGGAGCGAGUUGUGCACGCGAAGGGAGCCGGUGCGUUUGGCUACUUCGAAGUUACUCACGACAUCAGCAAGUACUGCAAAGCUAAGGUGUUUUCCAGUAUCGGAAAAAGAACUCCCAUCGCUAUAAGAUGCUCCACCGUCGGCGGCGAAAGCGGUUCCGCUGACACCGUCAGAGAUCCGCGUGGGUUCGCCGUAAAAUUUUACACUGAGGAGGGUAUCUGGGAUCUCGUCGGUAACAACACGCCAAUCUUCUUCAUCAAGGAUCCUCUAUUCUUCCCGAGUUUCAUACAUACGCAGAAGAGAAAUCCCGCGACUCACUUAAAGGAUGCUGACAUGUUUUGGGACUUCAUCUCUCUUAGACCCGAGACGACACAUCAAGUCAUGUUCCUCUUUGGCGAUCGCGGCAUUCCCGACGGAUACCGUCACAUGAAUGGCUAUGGCUCUCACACGUUCAAGAUGGUGAACAGCAAAAACGAGAUGGUUUACUGUAAAUUCCAUUACAAGACCAAUCAAGGGAUCAAGAACCUUCUCGCGGAGAAGGCCGGCGAGCUCAGUGCCUCCGAUCCUGACUACGGGAUCAGAGAUCUCUACAAUGCCAUUGCCAAAGGUCAGUUCCCAUCCUGGACGCUUUACAUCCAAGUAAUGACCGCUGAACAAGCGAAGACUUUCAAGUGGAAUCCGUUCGACUUGACAAAGAUAUGGCCGCACAAGGAACAUCCGCUCAUACCAGUGGGCAAAAUGGUGCUGGAUCGCAACCCUGAGAACUAUUUUGCCGACGUGGAACAGCUGGCCUUCGACCCAGCGCACAUGGUACCCGGUAUCGAACCGAGUCCCGAUAAGAUGUUGCAGGGUCGGCUGUUCGCCUACGGCGACACUCACAGGCAUCGUCUGGGUCCCAAUCACCUUCAGCUGCCAGUGAAUUGCCCAUACAAGGCAAUCUCAGCAAUGCACUAUCAGCGGGAUGGCUUUAUGCCGUUAUACAAUCACGGCGGCGCGCCAAAUUAUUAUCCAAACAGCUUCUCCGGCCCGAAGGAGUGUCCAGCCGCGCGUUCGCCACCAUUCCACGUGAGCGGAGAAGUGGAUCGUUACAAUCCCGAGGAUGAGGACGAUUUCGGACAGGUGACCAACUUCUGGAGGAAAACUCUGGACGAGCCCGCCAGGCAGAGAUUGGUGCAAAACAUGGUCGCGAGUCUGCGCAACGCCUCACCGUUCAUCGCCGAGCGAGCUGUGCGAAACUUUGCUCAGGUGGACGUGGAUCUCGCUCAGAGACUAACGGACGGCUUGCGCAAGUGCGGAAUGCAGAUUAACGCUGUAGGGAAAUCGGCCAAUCUCUAAGGCGCGCAUACGUAUACGUAUCCGUUUUUAUUCCGUCUUUUAUUUGAUGUAUCUUGCUAAAUACUUGGUAAUACGUUAAUACGGUAACACUGCGUUAAUCUAAACGAUCAUCUAUUGGAUCGUCGUUGAAAAUAUUUCACAUUUCUGCAAUGUUGUAUACGCUGUUUUUAACUUUAACGACAUCACAUUCUAAGGUUAUCACAUGAUAAUAUUAUAACUUUUUACUAAUAUUACUUUACGAAGGUGCAGGGAUGUAAAAUUAUUGACCAUUGAACUAUAUUGGCCUUGCGUACGAAGCGGGCGUAUGUUUUACGUAAAAGACAAAAUCAAAUUGCGCUGUUUAAUUCCAUAAUUUUUAAGAAUUUUAUUGCGUUUUUACUAAAAUCACCAUUGAUUGUAACGUGUAUGUUAUAUAUGAAUAUUCUUCGAUUUUAUGGUAUUUUUUAAAAGAGACGUAUCUGACGGGGAUUUAUACAUGUAAGUAAAAUUUUAUAUCGCUACAAAAA